AUGCAGCUCGGAUCAUCUGACCGAAGUGUUACCAAAAACCUCUUCCCCACUGUGUGUUCGGAUAAUUCCGUCAACAUGGCCGCAGCAGUCUGUGGAAGAUUCCUCCUUCAGAGAUCAACCCAAGGGUUUCUGUUCUCUUCCAAAGCAGCACCAGCCUUCUCCAGCCCGUUUCUAUGCCGGGCUCACAGAUUGGAACCUGGUGACGAUGAGUUGUAUCAACGAACCACGGUGUCGGUCAUGAAAAGGGAGCAAGACAAUGGCAUCCUGAUACAUAGCUACAGUCCAGCAGGAUUCAAUAUUGAUGGAAACCGGGUGUUUGGGCCCUGUGCCUUGGUGCCUCCUGCCAUCCUGCAGUGGAACGUUGGCAGUUAUAAAGACAUCACAGAAGAAAGCGUUUCACUCUUCCACAUGCUUGAACCAACAAUAGAGAUUCUCAUACUGGGCACCGGCGCCAAGCUCGAGCGAAUCAACCCCACGGUCCUCGCUCUUCUGAGGAGGAAAGGCAUUGCCGUGGAGGUGCAGGACACGCCAAAUGCGUGUGCCACCUUCAACUUUCUGACCAGUGAGAGGAGAAUGGUGGCCGCUGGCCUGAUCCCUCCCUCUCCCAGCACGGCACUAGAAGUUCAAGAGGACUAA